AUGGACGACGAGCGACUACCCAAACGACUCUUCUACGGAGACGUCGUGACGGGUUCUCGCCGUCAAGGAGGCCAGAUUCACCGUUACAAGGAUACUCUGAAGUCCUCCCUGAAGCGUCUGCAAAUAAACCUGACCAACUGGGAAGAGCUCGCCUGCAAUCGACUGACCUGGAGGAGGACAAUGAAGACAGGCUCUGCGAUCUACGAAGCCAAUCGCAUCGCUGCCGCCAAAGCGAAACGUGAAGCCCGCAAAUCACAACUUCGACCAAUACGCAACGCCGCCGCACAACCGCUUCCAACGUGUCCUCGAUGUCAACAGACAUUCCGGGCUCGAAUCGGACUUGUUGGACAACUUCAGAUCAACUGUGCCUCUUGAACUGCUCCAGCCACCGUCCCCCCGCCCGCCUCUUCCUCGUCCUCUCUGCCGCCAAAUAACUCUGACAUUUUCUCCUCCUCCUCCUCCUCCUCCUCCUCCUCCUCCCUCUCCUCCUCCAUCACUGCCCCAACGGCGAACGCUCAGGCGGCCGUCUCGCACAUCACCAACCGCGACACAACAACAGACACCACCCCCACCUCUCCCGACUCUAACGAUUAG